AUGUCAAGACCUGUCUUGAGAGAAGUUGACCCCAACACCGUUUCUGCAGGCAAGGCCCAAAACAAGGAUCCCAGAUCCCAGAGCACCCUUUUUUUAAAUAACAACCUCCGUAUAAGUCAAACGCGUCCCGAAUCCGAAGAUGUCACUUUGGUGGAAUGUGAAACCAGUGGCAAUUUUGAUUUCAGCUUCCUGGAUAAGCAGGAUCAGGACUCCAGGCCAGGAAGCACUGGCAGCAACUUUGACAGUUCUCUUAGCACCGAUUACACAAACAUAAAUGAAGUGCUUAAUCAGGUACUUGAAAGAAGCGACCUGUCUGACCUCGUCAGGAGAGAAUUGUUCUUCUACACCCAAACCGGUUUGAUGACAUACGAUAAUUUUGACCAGCUUUACACCAAAGUCAAUGCAAAGUCAGGGUCCCGCAAUAUCGAGAUAAGGGGAAUCUGUGCAACCAGCCAGCGCGUCUGGAAUACAUCGCAAAAGUCUAAUUAUAAGGUCGCAAUCUGUUCCAGACGUUGCAUUGCGUUUACAAAAGAGUACGCUGGCUACAACAGGUGUCCUUGCUGUAACUCCGAAAGAGAUAACUGCUCCUAUGUGAUCUACAACUCUGUCAGACCGUUGAUCGGCUCAAUCAUGAGUAACCCAUUCGCCAGGGCUCAAAUUGAAAUGUCAUCGGAGCACAACGAGAGCGAGUACAACUUGCAUGUCACGCUUAUGGUUGAACAAAAAGUCACGGUCAGUAACGUCGAUUUCGAUAUUAUUUCCAUGUCCUUCGAUAACUUAGAAAAAGAGCUCAGGUCACGUGAGGAAUCGAUAAACGUAUGUCUUGCAUACCCGUGUGUGGAUUCGAAAGAUAAGGUGCAGUAUUUUCUUGCUCCUUUAAUAGAAGACUUGCACGAUCUAUAUCACCAUGGUGUAAGAGUCCGUUUGUCAAAUGGGAAAUCCGGAAUUUGCAAAUGCACCGUUUCAUCAAUUCUUGGUGCUGACCUUGCUACCACGGCAUCCAUGAUUAGUGCCAUCAAAGGACCUGAUGCUGGAACAUGGGGAAUACAUAAUGCAAUCACCACCUUUGCUGAGAUCCCUGGCGUGACUGCACCAGGGUCAUUCCCUUCUGAUCUUAAAGCUCUUCUCUAUGAGACUAUCUACGCAAAAGGGAUACAUCAAAUUUUUUUUGCAGAGAACACCAGCUUUGCGCACGAGCUUGACAUAUUGAAACAAUCUAUCGUCAAGAAUCUCUCUCUAAUUCAGCCAAACUCAGUUCACAGUCUGCUGAAAAAAAGCAGUGCUCUGCAGGUCAAAGGUUCAAGCUGGCAGAUUGGUCAUAAAUUAUUCUAUGCAAUCUACUAUGUCACGUAUCUCAAGGCACGGCACAAGGGUGCAACGUCAGAAGCUACCAUGUUUUUGGUUGAGCUGAAUGCCUAUCUUGAGGUAUACUCUUGUGAUGACUUGAUUGAACAUACGGAGGAGUUCAGAAAUUUCAUAAAGCAGCUUCUCGACAAGCUCAAAAGUCUUUGCUCCAAAUAUGGAAGCUUGAGGAAACUUCAGUCCGUACCAUGCCACAUGCUCACCAACGCUUGUGAUACUCUUCGGAGUGCCAAAACUAUUGAGAACACCCACUGCAUGGCCCAGGACAUGUCGCUUCCUUGGGUGAGGAACCUCAAAAGCAAGACCAUGACUUCUGUCGGUGCACGCCUACUGAUGAAAAGCAUCCAUGAUUGUCUAUGGUUUACAGAAUUCAGGUACGAUGCUGAACAAAAUCAUUGGAAAGUUCCUGGGAAAUGGAGAUUUGACAAGCACAACGAUGGACAUCGAAAAUUGCUGUCUAAAAUUCAAAAACGAAUCAUGUCCGUCAGGAAAUUACGCAACUUGUACCUGCAGUCCUUAGAGGGAGGCGACUAUUUCUUGGAUAGUACCCGCAUAACUAACUAUGGCACUGCUAUACUAGACGGAGAGGAAUUCAAGAUUGGCGGAAGCAAGACGUAUGCCAAGAUACAACCGCGAUACAAAAACGGAUCUGCCAUAUACGUCAAGAUCCGUGAAUUUGUUGAAAUUGGCUUGGACGAGUUUCCUAGUAAAUUCGCCAUUGUCGAGAACCUUCAGGGGCUUAUUUUCAAGCAUAAGCUACCAAUAGCCAACACAGACAAAGAGCUAGUUGUUGGCCGCACAUAUGAUAAAUCUUCUUUCGGUAGAACCGAGAUAGUGGAGGUAGAGAAGUAUACAUGGAAACCGGUUUCUAUGAUACCUCUAGAUGCCACCACAUCAUUUGUUUAUGAUCCGCACCUUUGCUACGACGAUAUAAUUUCUAAAUAA